GUUAUGGGGGGUGGCUUUCCUGGAAGGGGGAAAGCGGCCUCCGGUUCUCCCUCCAAGCUGACACGGCUGUGCCCAGUGCGGGACUCGUCACCCUGCGUGUGGCUGCCUACCACUGCCCAACGAGGUUUCCAGUUGAGGACUGAAUAGAGGAUUGGCACUACAAAAACAAUGGAGCAGUAUACAGCAAACAGCAAUAGUUCAACAGAACAGAUUGUGGUGCAGGCUGGACAAAUUCAGCAACAGCAGCAGGGCGGUGUCACUGCUGUCCAGUUGCAGACUGAGGCCCAGGUGGCAUCUGCCUCAGGCCAGCAAGUCCAGACCCUCCAGGUAGUCCAGGGCCAGCCACUGAUGGUACAAGUGAGUGGAGGCCAGCUGAUCACAUCAACUGGUCAGCCAAUCAUGGUACAGGCUGUACCUGGGAGUCAAGGUCAGACCAUUAUGCAAGUUCCAGUUUCAGGAUCACAAGGACUUCAGCAGAUUCAGUUGGUCCAGCCUGGUCAGAUUCAGAUUCAGGGUGGUCAAGCAGUGCAAGUUCAGGGUCAGCAGGGCCAGACUCAGCAAAUCAUCAUCCAGCAGCCACAGACAGCAGUUACUGCUGGCCAGACACAGACACAGCCACAAAUUGCAGUUCAGGGACAACAAGUAGCCCAGACGGCAGAGGGACAGACAAUUGUCUAUCAACCCGUUAAUGCUGAUGGAACAAUUCUUCAACAAGUUACAGUCCCUGUUACAGGCAUGAUCACCAUCCCAGCAGCCAGUUUGGCUGGAGCACAAAUAGUUCAGACUGGCGCCAACACCAACACAACCAGCAGUGGACAAGGAACUGUAACUGUGACGCUGCCUGUUGCUGGAAAUGUGGUUAAUUCAGGUGGAAUGGUCAUGAUGGUACCUGGUGCUGGAUCAGUGCCAGCCAUCCAGAGAAUACCUUUGCCUGGAGCUGAGAUGCUUGAAGAGGAGCCAUUGUAUGUGAAUGCGAAACAGUACCAUCGGAUUUUGAAGAGGAGGCAGGCAAGAGCUAAGCUGGAAGCCGAAGGGAAAAUUCCAAAAGAGAGGAGGAAAUACCUGCAUGAGUCCCGACAUCGUCAUGCCAUGGCAAGGAAGCGGGGGGAAGGUGGACGGUUUUUUUCACCGAAAGAAAAGGAUAGCCCCCACAUGCAGGAUCCUAGCCAGGCAAACGAAGAAGCAAUGACACAGAUGAUUAGAGUAUCCUAACAGCCAGCUAAAGAACAGAGCGUCUGGACUAAUAUCUUGUGUCUCUGGAGCUGUUCCCUAUCCUACCUAUCAAACAAACUUCUGAAUGGGAAAAUUUGCCAUAUGCACAGCCUGUUCUCGUUUUAAGAACAAAUGCCACACUCUCAGUGAGUGGUUUGUCUUAGACUUUUAACUGCAGUGGACUCAGCACAUGGAAACACCCAUGAACCCACCCAGUUCAGACCAGGGAGUUGAAAAGUCAGACUCAACAGAGCUUUAACAUCCUUGACAAUAAGUGUGGCACAGCUUGAAACUGCCACUGCCUCAGCAAUAACUAGCAGGUUGAAAUAGGGCUAGUUACACCAUUUGGAAGCCAUGGCUCUUGAACCACACAGGAAUGCUAAUAUUUGAAGCAGCCAGAGCUCAAUGUAGCCGCCUUGGUCCCCGCUGCUCCCCACAACCUCAGAUUUUAUAUCUUCUGGUAACGCAUCUUUCCACUGCAGAAGCAUCUUCUGUAAUAGAACUCUUGACACAACACUGAAAGUUUUUCUCAGCGUACUGUCCUACGUAAACUGUCGCCAACUAUUUGUGACAGAAUUAAUCCAUUAAGUAUUGGGAAGUUAGAAGACUUGGGGUAAUGCAUGCAUGUUCCAUUGGAUAGCAGAGAAAUUGUAUAGUGGCCCAGGGGACAGUCAUGGGUCGUUGGGGGAAGUGGGUGGGGAUAGAUCUUGGUGUCAGAGCUAAUAAUGUGUGUCAGUUAAAGUUCACUGACAUGCUCUUCCUGCAGGCUGAGAAAUGCACAUCUUCUGAAAUGCACAUACUGCCGCUGUCUUUGGUGCAGUUUCUCCAAUAUCAGAGCAUUAGAUACAGUGUUGUGAGCAUUAUUCAGGAUGUGACACAUACUUUGCCCUAACCAAACCCUAUGUUGUUAACAUCCUCCUGUAGCUCAGAUUGCAUUGUCUAUGAGAAUUAACGUGAACAGUCCUCUCAAGCUUUUUAUUUAAUCAUCUCUGUAAAAUGGCACUUAAUUCUGUAACCUUCGUUUUCUGUUCUGAGGGACUUUUUCCUCAUUUUGAUUGUUUAUCAUUAUGUUUAUCAUUAUUGGAUUGUUAAUCAUUUUGAGAAGUGACAAAAAAAGAAGUGGAGUUUCUUUCUGCCAAGCAUCACUUGCUACCUUUUUCACUUCUCCCAAGAUUUUCUUAUCGCUACUUGCUUGGGCAAUGCCAUGAGGUCCAGCUAGCACUAUGUUAUGUUCUUUUAUAUUCACAGGCUUAUGUUUAAGCCUGCAUUGCUUACCGAGAUUGAGUGAAGGAGGAUUGGAGGAGGCUCAUCUCUGAAAGAUGGGAGACGAACUACAGUAGCAAGACUGAGGGGCUGCAUAAAAAAGAAGGUGCCUGGAAGUUGACUGUUAAGUUUUUAAGAGGGAUCUCGUGGCAUCAGAACAGGUGUCAUGAGGUGGCCCUCCCUAGUUAAAAAAGUAGAACUCAUUCGUCACUUGAUUUGAAAUAGCUUGGAUAUGGGCACCUUCACAAGGCCCCCUUUUCAUGACAUAAAAAGAUAAUAAUUCAGGAGAGUGGAUUUGAGAGAAAAUAAUUGGUACUAGUAAAACAGCAGAGAUUGCUUAUCCAGUGGACUAGAACAGUGCAGCUUUCAGAUUGGCUAACUUAAUUCCAACCAAUGAAAUGUUAAGGCAACCGAUACGCAAGUGUGAUGUCAAACUCUAGAAUGCGUUUGGAGAAAACAACGUAAAGUGAGAUGUGGAGCAGAGUUUAAGCUAUUUAUCACCAUGCUGUACAUGGUGUUCCAGUGCUCUAAUAUAAGUUAUUGUAAGCAAAGAUGUGCGCUUUUUUUGUAUCAACUGCACUUAUCCUUUUAAGCCUUUGUGCAGGUUGCAUGUUUCUAAACCUUUUUGUUUUUAAUCCCCACUAGCCUUUCUUUUUGCUUCUUUGCAUUUGCCAGCAUCCUGGGUGCCUUUGAUUACCAUUGUAGUUUUCUUCAGCAGGCUAUUUCCAUGUCAUCUAGUGUUUCUUUUCAUUGGUUUUACAAUAAAAUAUCCAGUCUUAGUGAAGGAACAGUGAAUACUUUUUUUUAAUACUGUUUUUCAGUUGUAAAUAUCUAAAGCAUUGGUACGUUCUGAGAUACUGAUAGACAUGGUGAGGAGGAAAUACUGUAUAGUCUGAAUUAAAGAUGUUUCUCCAUGUGUUUCCCUUUUCAGUUAUCAGUUUUAUCACUGCAGACUGGGAUGGUAAGGGAAUCAAGGUUCUCCUAAUUCUUUGUGUGUGUAAAAUCAUAAUAUGACAUUUGCAUCUUUAAAAAGACCAAGCCAUCGCUACCUUUUUCAACCUAACAACAAAAACAAAAAAUGCUCUUUGAUACCUAUAUGUAGAUGGUGCAGACACCUUUUUAAUUUUUGGUCUAUAGUUAGGUUUUUCUGUAACGGUGUAAAAUGUCCUGAUAGGAUCUAUUAUACCAAUGUCUUAGACUUCAUGUGUGUAGGUCAAACUUAUUUCAGAAUAUUUGUUAACAUUAGGAGUCUCAAACUGCAACGUGUUGCAAAAUGUUCUGUUCCUGGAUAAAAAACUAAAAGCAGAAGUAAUGCCAAGUGCAAACUCUUAAUUGGAAAUUAAAAAUCAGGCUAUGAAAUAUUUAAUUGGGGAUAGACUUAAGGGAUAAAGCUGGAGUGGGUUUGAAGGAAAUGUAAAUUCUUCUAUUGACCUAUAAAACACUGGAACAUUGAGCCCAUUUAAAGUGGUUUGAUACUUAAGGGUUGGCGUAGAAACCUCCAAGGCUAAACUUCUACAAAUAUUUUGCAUGUAAAAAAAAAAUCAGUUUCUUGGGUUGUGAAUGGGGAUUGGAGUAUUGAUAUUUGUGAAACCGUAAAGCAAAGUUUGUACAUAGUUCAAAAGUUUAUAAUUUUUUAUGCUGCAUUUUGAAGUGUAUUUUGUCUUUAAUAGAUACAACUGUAAGUACUGUGUACACUAUUCAGCCAAUAAAAUGUUUAUAAAAUA